AUGACACCACUCGCAGACCGAAGUGUCAACAGACAGAGUCGCAUCCCGAUCGGUGGUCCUGAGCACAGGAGUCGCAUCAACAAUGAAAAUGUACCGCCAGCAUCUGGCCCCUCCCGUCUGCUGGUUUCGUCCAAGUCGUCAAUGAACCUUACAAUAUCAUCGUCGCCGACAUCUGCAACACUCCCUGACGCCCCAAGAACGGCCUCGAGGACUUCGGUUCGUGGAAACCUCAAUGCAGUCACAUCGGACGAAAGCUUGAACGCAUCGUUUGCCAGACGCCAGCCCCUACAUCGGCCCUCAACAGCAUCUCUGAAGGACAAAUCACAGUUCAUUGCUUUAAAACCGCUGACCAGAUCAACUCCCAAAUCACUUCGCCAAAGUAAACCAAGUUCUCCAACAGCCAAGACGACAGAGACGCACACUCAACCCGCUAAAGCUAAGACUAGCCACCUGAACAAAUCACUGCCCAAGACUCCCAGCACCCCACCGAACCAGGAACGAGGACACCUUCCCCAUGAGCGAUCGAUCGCUCGCCGUGAGAACUCAAUUCCAAACAGGACUUCGAGCACGAAGCUCAAAUCCUCCAGCAAGCUACCACGCUCAUCUGUCCACAACAGUCCUGUCGUCGUGUCUCCAAUACUCGACUCUGUACCUUCUAACGUCAACUCACCAUGUUUCGUCUCGCCUGUUUCUUCGCUCGGGAUUCCUGGUGGAAUGGACAAUGCGACUAGCUCUGCCGACCCCAGAAAGCACCAUCCACCGAGAUCCUCUUCACUCCAAACACCAGAACCAAGAAACCGCGAUGUGGGUCUGGGCAUAGGGGUUUCGUUGGUAAAGCCCUCAUCUAUAGUGGAACAAGAACACAAGUAUACGCCUGAUACAAAUAGCUUCUCACGACCUAGAGCUCACCAAACGGACAAGGCCACGGCCGGUGUCACGUCUCUUGCUGUACCACAGCGACUUGUUCGUGAAGAAUCGCAAAACUCAAUGACUAGGAUUCCAUCGUCUAAAAGUACACCGUUGAUUGUCUGCAGUGCACCUAGCAUGACUUCAAGGUCGCCAGUGGCUGACGACAUCUUAACAUUUGCUGGUCGACGCUUGGGCAAUCCGGCAGAUCUCGCUACUCUUGAUCACGGUAGUGCUCGCUCGUCGAAACGCAAAGACUUUAAUGUCGAAACAUCAUCUGUGGCAACCCUUACUUCAGCUGGGCGUAACUUGCCCCCAAGGGUUCCUUCUCCCUCGGAGCAGAGUAGACUGAGCCCUAUCAGACUCAUUUUUGGCGAUAAAGACCGUGCCGCUGACGAUGUCUUUGAGUAUUCGAGAGUUAGACAACUCUCGGGAAGCUUACUGUCUAGCUCGUUUGUUGGAUCAACAUUAAGCAUCUCCGAAGAAGCCGACGAACUCAUCCUUGGAGAAGGAGCUCGUACACCUUCAUUCAGAUCGCAGACAAGUUUGGCAGCUCCCACAGAAGCUGAAUUUGAUUUGCCUUCUCCCAGUGAGAACGGAUUCCAUGUAUCUUGGCCUGCGGACUUUGGUUUCAGCUUAUCGGAUGGCCCAGACUCGCCAACUGUCCAGAGUUCACCUUCUGUACGUCCCAAGGCUUUUUCAAAGAUUUCGGAGGAGAGCGAACAAUCAACAGCUGAGCCAAGUACCGAGUCUUCCGAAAAACAUGAUGGCUACAAACCUGAAACUCUGACUAUCAGGGNNGAUGGCGCAAGGUCGGACAACGCAAGCAAGAAGAAAGACAUCAAAACGACUUUGUCUAUACUCGAAGGUGCGCCCACUAGUGCAGACUCAUCUCUGCCUGCUGUUUCAAACCCCACCAAGCCACCCAUAAAUACAGCGAGACCACACCAAAUGACGUCCAGAAAAAUCGCUCAAGAUUCUUCACGCGCACGUAACAGUCGGGUUCCCUCAUAUAUGCUGCCUACGCCGGCCUCAGAAGCGCGUAAAAACUCUGCUGUUCACCCGCCAGACAUUCGCCGCAACGACAUUAGUACACCAGGUUUGAACGCUGAUCGAAUGGCCGAGACCACGAGACCCGACACUAUCUCUGGUUCUACCAAAGAUCCCCUUGUACCAUCCAAUAGUCAAACAACAGUAUCCGAACUUUGUGGCACAAGUAGAAGUGGUCACUCAGCGCUUCUCUCCACCGCUUCCCGUAGCAUGACACCAAUAGCCCGUCCCACUGCUGGCAAUCAACUACCAGGCCAUGAUACUGUCAAGUCGAAGUCUAGCUCAAAGACAGAAACGAGCCAACGCGCAUCACAUGGACACAUGAGAUUAUCCCGUCACUCGUCACGACCAAUCGAGAUUUCCCGCGAUGGCACUUUUCCACCAACCCGACCUAGAAGCACAUCGAAGGGCAAGUCAGUUUUGAACAACCUCAAGGACUUCUUGACCGGCAAACGAGACGUUGCGCCAACGCCUGGUUGCAGUGGGAGGAGAUUCUCGGUCGGAAGUCGCAAGACCAAAUCAGUCGAAGUCGACGUCCCGGAUGUGCCUGCUGUUCCUAACAUGGCUGAGUUGCCUGCGAUGCCGGUUGUACCUGCGACGUCUGCACUACCGGAAUCUAAGGAGAGAAUCGUUGCGGUCGACAGUGCUGCCGCCAAGGCGAACCAGGAGGACAAGUCUUUACUAUGUCAUACAAGCUCGAAGCACGACGUCGGUGCGAUCGAAUCGUCUCAAGACACUGAGAUGGAAAAGGCAAAACGCGACACGGGUGCGCUGAUGGAGUUGGGACUUACUCUUCGUCAGGAAGCCUCCAAGGAAGACGACCUUGUUCGCAAAGAAAGGAUGACAUCGUUUGCCCAAGUCAUACUCGAUACCGUCACUAACGCUGUGGAAGCUGAGCGAAACAUGUACGCCGCAAUACAAGCAGCAGAGCAAGCAAAGCUUUCGUACAUGAUGACACAACAAGGUGUUCAGAAGAUGAAUAAACUCGUCUUGAGCUCCCGCCAACUACCUCUCUUUACAGAAGAGAAGCGACCCGAAAACGAGGCCUGA